AUGGAUGAAAUAAAAAUAUUUUUAACUAUAUUUUUAUUAAUUAAUUUAUCCUCUUAUAUUUACCCAUUUAAAAUAUUCCCCCAAUUAAAUUACAAAAUUAGUGGUAAAUUAGAAUGUAUGGCUUUUAUUCCUUCAAACAUUUCAAAAAUUCCUUCACAAGUCAGAGUUACGCCUAUAUCUGAGGCUCAAAUACAGCUUUGGGAUGAAGAUGCUCGAAUAAAACUCCCGUUUGGUUUAACUUUAGAUGGAGAUGAUUUUCUAGGCGAAACAUUGAGCUUAAAUGAUGGUACUUUCAAAUUAAAUGCAAAAACGUCAUCUGAAUUUUUUGGAAUAGCUGAUUUAGAACCUUAUUUAUUAAUUAAACACAAAUGUAUUGGAAAUUUAGAAGAAAAAAUUGGGCAGGAGUGUUGGUUAAUCACACGUUAUGAUUUGUCAGCCUUUCCAGAAGAAAAAUACAACUUGGGGAUACGUUUAGGAGCUGGCAGCAGAUUGAGGACUAGUAGAAUAUGCUAA